AUGGCGGCCAGCCUGUGGAUGGGCGACCUGGAGCCCUACAUGGAUGAGAACUUCAUCUCCAGAGCCUUUGCCACCAUGGGGGAGACCGUGAUGAGCGUCAAAAUUAUCCGGAACCGCCUCACUGGGAUUCCAGCUGGUUACUGUUUUGUAGAAUUCGCAGAUUUGGCCACAGCCGAGAAGUGUUUGCAUAAAAUUAAUGGGAAACCCCUUCCAGGAGCCACACCUGCAAAACGUUUUAAACUGAACUAUGCUACUUACGGGAAACAGCCAGAUAACAGCCCUGAGUACUCGCUCUUUGUGGGGGACCUGACCCCGGACGUGGAUGACGGCAUGCUGUACGAAUUCUUCGUCAAAGUCUACCCCUCCUGCCGGGGCGGCAAGGUGGUUUUGGACCAGACAGGCGUGUCCAAGGGCUAUGGUUUUGUGAAAUUCACAGAUGAGCUGGAACAGAAGCGAGCCCUGACGGAGUGCCAGGGAGCAGUAGGACUGGGAUCUAAACCAGUGCGGCUGAGCGUGGCAAUCCCGAAAGCUAGUCGUGUGAAGCCCGUGGAAUACAGUCAGAUGUACAGUUACAGCUACAACCAGUAUUACCAGCAGUACCAGAACUACUAUGCUCAGUGGGGCUAUGACCAGAAUACAGGCAGCUACAGCUACAGUUACCCCCAGUACGGCUAUACCCAGAGCACCAUGCAGACAUAUGAAGAAGUUGGAGAUGAUGCUUUGGAAGACCCCACGCCACAGCUGGAUGUGACCGAGGCCAACAAGGAGUUCAUGGAGCAGAGCGAGGAGCUGUACGACGCACUGAUGGACUGCCACUGGCAGCCCCUGGACACGGUGUCUUCGGAGAUCCCCGCUGUGAUGUAG